GUGUAUCGAACGAACCUCCCCUUUUCUAUCAUUCCAUACGAUCAACAUGGCUCGCAGCCUCUUGCUUGGUGCAGCUCUGCUUGCACAGACAUAUGCCACGGCAAUACCCACAGGCUUUCGCGAGAUUUCCGAGCCUCAAGUGUUCCAUCGUCGACAAGAAGGAGAGAGCGGAUCGCCACCGGACUUUGCCAUCGUCAGUCCACCUACUCAAACGCCAUACGGACCCUCUGGUGCAAGUGGCUCGUUACGUGGUCCCACCAGUUUGGCUGGUUACAACCCGGCCUUCCCAGUAGACACAGCUCUCCCUGCUACAGUACCACAAGAUCAAUAUCAAUUAGCACCAGGACAGGAAGAGGAUGCAGACCUCGGACUCUACCUCGAUCUCGCCUCGGUUGAAAACCCGCAACCCAUUCGUGGUGGCACCAAUGCUCCUACGGAUCCGGGUCCACGUAACAAAGAAGUAGAAAAGCAGAACCCUGAUCUGUAUGCGCCUCCAGGAACCGACUCGGGCGAUGUGCCGAAUGCGAAGUGGCCGUUGGCCUUGUCCCACAACCGACACGGACUGAAUGGUGCUGGAUGGGCUCGACAACAGAAUGUGGGAAAUCUACCGAUUGCUACUGCUAUGGCAGGUGUCGAUAUGCAUCUGGAACCCAAUGCGUACCGAGAAUUGCACUGGCACCAAGCUGACGAGUGGAGUUUGAUUCUCAAUGGAUCGUGUCGACUCACGUCCAUGAAUGAAGCAGGCGAGACCUUCGUAGAUGACUUGCAGGCAGGCGAUGUUUGGUUCUUCCCCGCCGGUAUCCCACACAGCAUCCAAGCCUUCGACGACGGCGUCGAAUUCCUCCUCGUCUUCGACAGUGGAGAAUUCAGCGAAGACGGCACCUUUCUCGUCUCCGAGCUCUUCGAACGCAAUCCCAAAUCCGUUCUGGCCAAGGACCUGCGCGUGGAUACCUCUGCCUUUGACCAUUUGCCCUCGGGACAGUUGUACAUCUUGCCUGGCACACCCGCUCCCAAGAACAUCUCUGAGCAAAAUGUCACGGGGCCUGCGGGUUCGAUUCCUAGCGAUCGCAGCUACUCUUAUCAUUUCUCUCAGCAAGAACCCUAUGAAGUCCCUGGUGGGAGUGUGAAAUUGUUGGACUCGACGACAUUUCCCAUCGCCAAGGACUUUGCCGUGGGUUUGUUCACUAUCAAGCCUGGAGCCAUGCGCGAACUCCACUGGCACACCACCUCGGACGAAUGGGACUACAUCAUCAGCGGCCAAGGCCGUCUGACCGUCUACGCCGCUCCCGCCAGUUCUCGCACUUUCAACUUCCAAGCUGGCGACACCGGUUACGUACCCGUGACAGCAGCUCACUAUCUCGAGAACACGGGAACGGAAGAUUUGGUCUAUCUCGAAGUUCUCCAAUCACCCGUCUACAACGACAUUUCCGUUGCGCAAUGGCUGGGAUUGACGCCCAAGCAAACGGUCAAGGAUCAUUUGGGAUUCAGCGAUGAUACGUUGAAUCGAUUGCCUAAGAUUAAACCGUUUAUUUUGCCGGGAGAUCCGGAUUUGACGCAGACGAAUUUUACGAGUGAGGCGGAUUGAAAGGGAAAAGAAAAGAAAAAAAAAGGAACAAAGAAGAAGUAAGGAGAUGAUGUAGAAGAGGGGAUGAGAGGUAAGGUAUGGAUGGAUGGAUGAGAAAAGGUGAUAUGAAAAAGCGGAAAGACGCACGUUGGAUAUUGAAAAUAUGGGAAA